AUGUCGUUUCUCGCCGCCAUCGUCAAGCCGCUCGCAUACAUCUCACUCCCGCUCAUUCUCGCCCGCCAGAUCGCCGUAUCGAACUCACCCGGUCGAUACUAUGCCCGCGUCGUUGUCUACGUCAGCACACUCAUGACCGUCGCCUCCUGCAGCAUCGUCGCUGCAGCUGGCAUGUCCAUUGUCGGCCGCGCUAGCGACGUCAAUCACCUAGUCGCUCGGGUAUUCUACCACCUCAUCUCGCGAGCUCUAGACCUGGAAGUCGUCGUAGAGGGUGAAGAGAACCUACAAUCACAGCCGGCUGUCUUGAUGGCGAAUCACCAGAGCAUGUUGGAUAUUUUCGUCGUCGGAAAGUUGAUGCCUAAGCGGACGUCCAUGACGUCUAAAAGAUCUCUUCAGUUUACACCUCUCGGUCCGUUUAUGGCGAUGUCCGGGGCCAUAUUCAUCGAUCGAGGCAACAACGCCCGCGCCGUCCGUUCUCUCGAAGCCGCUGGAGAGAAGAUGAAGGCUACCAGGACGUCCUUGUGGAUGUUCCCCGAAGGUACCCGGCAUAUGUCCCGCGAACCAACCAUGCUACCUUUGAAGAAAGGCGGCUUCCACCUGGCUAUCAAUGCGGGCUUCCCGAUCCUCCCCAUCGUCACAGAGAACUAUUGGCAUCUGUACCGGAAAGGUGUAUUUAAAAGUGGUAUUAUUAAGGUCCGAGUGCUACCCGCCAUUCCGACGACAGGAUUGACACCCGCUGAUGUGGGAUCGCUCUCAACACGCGUACGAGACGUUAUGCUUGAGGCCCUACGUGAAAUCUCCCCCAAAGUCCCUUCAGAAUCCAGCUCGAAGGCUGCCGCCAGCAACCCCCAGGAGGAGAAAGUCCGAGAACCUGCUGAGCCUGUCGCCGAUCUGCUUCUACCGACCAGUCCUGUUCCGAACACUCUCACGAAGAAGUCGUCAAGCUCGUCGAUAGCCUCCUCUGCUGCCUCCUCUGUGGUAAGGAACACAAACUCGAGUGAAAAUGGAACGGAAACGGAAGAGGAUGAGGGCAUGGUCCUAGUUGGGCGGCCACAAUGA